AUCCUACAACUUGUUCGAGAAUGAGGACGGUAGUGACGUCAUACUGAUGGUGGGCGACGAGGGGUAUCGAGAGAGGGUCCCCGCCCACUCCUGGGUACUGGCGGCCGGGAACCAGUACUUCCGGGCCAUGUUCCAGGGGCCCCUCGCCGACAGGCACAAGAAGACCUACGAUAUCCCCAAUGACCCUAAGGGCUUUCAGAACCUCCUGAAAUGGUUAUACCGUCAUGAGUGUGGAAUCCAGAGCAUUGACAGUGCACUCAUCACUCUCCAAGUUGCCAUCCAGUAUCUCUGCCCAGAAUUGGCCGAGCUGUGUGUGGAGUACAUUGGGAAGCACUUGACUGUUGGUAAUGUUCUCAAGGUGCUACAGUACACUUGGCGUUACUGUCCCUCGCAGCAGUGCUCUGAUCAGAGUCAGGCAAACCUCGACCCCUCGACUGCCCCAUCUGCGCCCAGUCUAGAGGCCUUGGAAGGAAACUCCAGGCCAGAAACAAACAGUUAUGGUGCCAAUGACCCAAAGCCACACAGCACUUCCACCACACCAUCCACAGUAUCACAGUUUCAAGAUAUGAUGGAUGACUCAGAAUUUCAGGAUCCAACAGCCUGCUGCAGUGAUUUAUUCAAUGUCUGUCUAGACGUAGUUGACAGAGGAACCCAGUCUGUCCUCGCUACAGAAUUCUUAGAGGAACUCGACUCCACCACCCUUCAGCUCAUCCUGAAGAGAUCCACGCUGAACGUACCCAAUGAACUGAAGGUGUUCCAGGCAUUGCAACGGUGGUCAACGGCAGAGUGCAAGCGCCGCAUGCUCCCCCUCACCCCUGACAACAGAAGAGCUGUGCUGGGCAACCUUUUAUACCAUGUACGAUUUUUAUGUAUGAACAAUGAGCAACUGCAACAGACUACAAGCCUUUUAACAGCAGAUGAGUUCAAUUAUCUAGCUGCUCGCAUCUCUGGUCACAAUCCAGUGAAAGUGCCACCCACUCUCUCUCCGUACUUAGUAACAAUGUCAUCACCUCGCUGCCAUAAGCCCAUGGGGUUACUUCAGUCAGGCUCAAGUAGUACAGAUGGCAAGAGCAAGAAAAAGAACAGCAGUGGCAAGAAAAAGUACACUAAAAAGGAGCUUGUGUUGGAUGUCGUAUCUUGUCUGGCAGUCUUGUUUGAUUAGGUUUAGUUCCCAUGGCUUCUCAGUCACAAAGAUUUCUAUUCUUAGAAAUUGUUCUCAACUGUCUUCAAUUCAACAAAAGUUAUUAACCUCUGUGAGGGCAUCUCUCUUAUUUGUUUUAGAUUUUCAAUGGAAGUUUACUUGUCGUUUCAUGGUAAUUCUCAUUGAUACAAAAUUACUAUUUGUUAAAGAGUUUGACCACUGUUAUAAUUCCUUUGACCCGGUAGACAACAGGUGAACAGAUUCUAUUGUUGUAGCAAGUGAAAUUUAUUUGAUUUGAUAAGAGACCUUUUAUUGUAUAGAUGUUAAUUCCUUCAUAAUUUUAUACAUAGGAAUAAUUUUCAAAAUGGCUCGUCCUAAGACGAUGGGUAGUCAUCUUGACAGUUUAGCA